AUGGCCUCACUACGCACAGCGCUGCGGCCAUUGACCGCCGAGCUCAGCGCCGCCUUCGCAGCCCCCGCCUCCGCCUCUGCCUCGUCGUCCAGCACAAUCUCCUCGACCCGCCACGCCUACGCCUGCCAGCGUCCCCUCACCACCGCUGCCGGCCGCACCGUCUCUCACACGCCGCCGCAGCCAUUGCCAUCGUCUUUGCCAGCUUCCCGCCGGCCCUUUUCCUCGUCCCGCCCGUCGAGGAACUCGGACACGUACCAAGACACGCCCUCGGGCUACUCGAAGCCGCAGUCGUCCAAGUCCAGCAGACCCUGGUACCGCUCCCCCACCACCCUCGUCCUCGGCUUCAUCCCGAUAUUCACAUUCGGCCUCGGAUACUGGCAGAUCAAGCGGCUCAAGUGGAAGGUCAACCUCAUCGAGGAGCUCGAGGACAAGCUGAGAAAGGAACCCCUCCACCUACCGCGCAACAUCAACCUCGAUGUGCUUCCCGAAUUCGACUUCCGCCUAGUCACGCUUCGCGGCACCUUUGACCACUCCCGGACAAUGUUCCUCGGCCCGCGGGUGCGCGACGGUGUCCUCGGCUUCCACGUCGUCUGCCCCAUGGCCCGCGCAGAGGGCGGCGGCAUGGUGCUCGUCAACCGCGGCUUCGUCUCGGAGAAGAACAUCAUCGGUACCGGCGCGGACCGCAGGCUGAAGGACGAGGCCAUGCCUCGAGGCGAGGUCGAGUUUGUCGCGCUGCUGCCGCGCAUCUAUCCGCCCAACACGUUUACGCCCGCCAGCGAUCCAAAGACCAACUCGUGGUACCACGCCGAUCCAAAGGAGAUGGCAGAAUGGGCGUCGGCGCAGGUUGGUGCGUCCGCGCUGUCGCUCGAGUCCAAGCAGCGCAACGAUGCGCUGGAGGACCACCAUACGCCGAGCGCCGGCGUGGCCGAGAGCGUCAAGGGCAUGCUCGGUGUCGGCGGCUCGUCGUCGCGAGAGUCGCAGAGGGUGCUGCCCGUCUUGCUCGAAGAGGUGUUUGACGGCAAUGUGGGAGAGGCGUCUGCGAGAGUGGCGCAGGGCGUCCCCGUCGGACGGGCAGCGACGAUUGAGCUGCGCAACCAGCAUGCCGUCUACGCCGCAACAUGGUUCUCGCUGUCGGCGUGCACGGCCGUCAUGUUUGGACUGCUGGUCCGAAGGGGUCGCUGA